AUGGAGUCCCCCCAUCCAUCGCAGUCCCAAGGCGACGGGAAAGACACCAAAUCCCGCUUCUGGGCCACCUAUACACGGGAAGCUACGGACCAUGAUGGAGAAUUUCUUGAGAAGUAUCAAUCAGACAUGGAUAUCGUUCUCAUAUUCGCUGGUCUGUUUUCAGCCGUCAAUACGUCGUUUAUUGUAAACAUGCAGUCGAGCCUCAACCCUGAUCCAUUCUACACUACAAACGUGUUACUUGGAAUGCUACUCCAGACUGCCAACUCCUCGUUUGUCCCACCGGUUAAUCAACCGUGGAAGGGACCUGGUACCUUAGUAAUCUGGAUCCAGUCGUUGACUUACGCCAGUCUUUGCGCAAGCCUACUUGCCGCCCUUGGAGCUGUGCUAGGGAAGCAAUGG